GUGUGUUUCUUUAACCACGUUGCGCGCUACCGACGGGCGACCCCGUGAGAGUAUUCUAGGCCGCUCGUGUGAUCAAACAGAUCUACAUCGUUCCCGGGAACAUCAUCGAGAUUAGAGGUGGGCUCUCAACUUUAUUCCAAUGGCGGACGGGGGUCCUUUGAAUCUGUAUUGAGGUGCCGAUCGCCGCAUUCACACUCGAAGAAGUGAAGACUCUCAGCAGGAAGAUCUUGUUCAAGGCUGUGUGAGUUCGGAGCACCAUCCACUGCUUUAUAAUCGUGGAAGAAAGUCAUACGGGCUUGAAAUGACACGAGGUCUAGGUGAUCAAGCAGGAGUGCUUCUCUGACAGCAAGUGGAAACCCAGGUGUGGCUGGGGCUCAGCAAGCGCAGGGCCAGUUGAGGCGAUUCACCACCAUGGAUGUUGAUGAGGAGGAGAACAUGAAAGAAUACAUCAUAAAACGUCAUGACAGUUCAUGCAGCACCGACGUAAAGGAAAACCGCAACCUGGACAACGUCUCUUCUAAGGAGGGAGCUGGCCUGGUGGAGCAGCUCCCCAACGGUAGUGGAGGAGGGGGUCGCAAGCGCCCCCUGGAGGAGGGCAACAAUGGCCACGCGCACUCAAAAUUCAGACCCAAGAAACGUAAGAAAACGCCAGGGCCGGUUCUGCCCAAGAACGCCCUGAUGCAGCUGAACGAGAUCAAACCAGGCUUGCAGUACAAGCUUCUCUCGCAGACCGGCCCGGUCCAUGCACCGGUUUUCGUCAUGACCGUUGAGGUUAACGGGCAGUUGUUCGAGGGCUCAGGGCCCACAAAGAAAAAGGCCAAGCUGAAUGCCGCUGAAAAGGCCCUGCGUUCCUUUGUUCAGUUCCCUAACGCGUCUGAGGCGCACCUGGCCAUGGGCCGUACGCUCACCGUCAACACGGAUUUCACCUCUGACCAGGCUGACUUCCCUGACAUGCUCUUCAACGGGUUUGAGACGCCGGCACCGCCCGAGGAAUCGUUUUUUCUGGGCUCCAACGGCAACGGCUCCUUAAACCCGCUGGGAGAGUAUCCCGUGCCCCAGGCGCCAGGUACAAACAGCCUUGUGCAGGCGCCCCUGCAGCCACCCUCCUCCUUCACCUCCUCGACCAGCGGCAAGAACCCCGUCAUGAUUCUCAACGAGCUGCGCCCAGGCCUCAAAUACGAGUUUGUGUCGGAGAGCGGGGAAAGCCAUGCUAAGAACUUUGUGAUGUCCGUGACCGUGGACUCGCAGACGUUUGAGGGCUCGGGCCGAAAUAAGAAACUCGCUAAAGCACGGGCUGCCCAGGCGGCUCUGUCAGCUCUCUUCAACAUGCAACUGGACCAGACCCCGUCACGCCAACCCAUCCCCAGAGAGGGCCUACAGCUGCACCUGCCACAGGUUCUUGCAGAUGCUGUUUCUCGUCUGGUAGUGGACAAAUUCAGCGAGCUCACUGACAACUUCACGUCUCCGCAUGCACGGCGGAAAGUUCUGGCGGGUGUUGUUAUGACAACAGGCACUGAUGUCAAGGACGCUCAGGUCAUCUGCGUCUCCACGGGAACCAAGUGUAUAAACGGCGAGUAUAUGAGCGACCGUGGCCUGGCGCUCAACGAUUGUCACGCUGAAAUCAUUGCUCGUCGCUCCCUGAUCAGGUAUCUCUACAUGCAGCUGGAGCACUUCUUAAGCAACAAUAAAGAGGAGCACCAAAAGUCCAUAUUCACGCAGUGUGACAAACGUGGCUUCCGGCUGAAAGACAACGUCCAGUUUCAUCUUUACAUCAGCACGUCGCCCUGUGGAGACGCUCGGAUCUUCUCUCCUCACGAGGCGGGCGUAGAGGACCAGGGAGACAGACACCCCAACAGGAAGGCGAGGGGUCAACUGAGAACCAAGAUCGAGUCUGGAGAGGGAACCAUCCCGGUGCGCACUAGUAACACCAUACAGACAUGGGAUGGAGUUCUACAGGGGGAGCGGCUGCUUACGAUGUCAUGCAGUGACAAAAUCGCAAGGUGGAACGUGGUGGGCAUCCAGGGCUCUCUGAUGAGCUACUUCACUGAGCCCAUCUACUUCUCCAGCAUCAUCCUGGGCAGCCUGUAUCACGCUGAUCAUCUCUCCAGAGCCAUGUACCAGCGGAUUGCUGACAUCGAAGACCUGCCCCAGCAAUUCUCCCUCAACCGCCCCCUGCUCAGCGGAAUCAGUAACGCUGAGGCCCGGCAGCCAGGAAAGGCCCCCAACUUCAGUGUGAAUUGGACGGUGGGAGAUCAGGCUCUAGAAGUCAUUAACGCCACCACAGGCAAGGAUGACAUGGGCAGACCCUCACGUCUCUGUAAGCAUGCCCUAUACAGCCGCUGGGUGCCACUACACACUAAGCUCUCGUCAACUCUGCGAAUCAAAGUGCCCAAGCCCAGCUCGUACCACGAAGCCAAACAAGCAGCGGUGGAGUAUCACACGGCGAAGCAAACGCUCAUCAAGGCCUUUCACAAAGCGGGCCUGGGUGCCUGGGUGAAAAAGCCCAUAGAACAGGACCAGUUCUCACUGAACUCUUGAAGAGGGGACAUAAAAAAGACCAGGACAUGACAACAACCAGCUGUUAAUACUUCACUUGAUGUGCGGGGGUGUGUGCGUGUUUGUGUGUGCGAUGCUGUUUGUUCUCAGACAAACUAAGAGCCCUUUAGUGUCUGUCAUUUUGCUCUCUUUGUGUGAAUCAUGACUUUGCCUUUUUAAUUUGUAACGUAGAAGCAGGUUGUCAUUUAACGUAUGUUUGUUUUGAAGUUAGUGGCAUUAGCCUUCAGCAGAUAACGGGAUGUAAUGUCAUUUGUAACUGGAAAAAUGUUCUUUUUAGUUUUUCAAACUAUUUUCAUGACAGAGGGUUGCUCUGACAAAACCUCGAUGCCGUAAACACGCACGUUACGUGGCUUCAGGUCGACCACACAGCUGUGCGCACGGGUCUGAAGGUUUCCUGGUCCAGCCUACCCAGAUGCUGGCUCACCUUUUUUGAGCAUGGUUCUCCUCGAUAUGCAAAACAUAUGCAUAUUUAUAUUUUUUAUUCCGUUCCCUCCGGAUUUUAAAAGGGGAAGAAAUUCACGUAGAUCAUAACUGUACAGCAUGGUCCCUUUAGAUAGACGCACUUUUGUCAGGACUUUAGUGUAGAAUUAGCUUAGGCCGUCUUUCUAGUCGGAA